ACGUCAUAUUUACGCGACAACAGGGUGCUGCGCUGCCUUCGUAUUUACGGAAAUCUUGCGGAUUCUUAAAAGACAGACACUUUAAACAAAAUAAAACAUGUCUACCGCCAUGAAUUUCGGGUCGAAGAGUUUUAAACCUCGGGCUCCUGACAAAGGCUCGUUCCCUCUGGACCAUUUUGGAGAGUGUAAAGCCUUCAAGGAUAUAUUUAUGAAAUGUCUGAGAGAAAACAGCUUUGACAACUCCAAGUGCCGACUGCAGUCCAAAGAGUACCUGGAAUGCCGCAUGGACAAUCAGCUGAUGGCCAGAGAGCCUCUGGAGAAACUGGGAUUCAAGGACCUGAUGGAUCCUCCUCCGAGUCAAGCAGACAGAGACACUAAACCCUGACCUGUUACUGCACCACAGCUGCUGUUUCAGAAAUGCAGUGAUGGUGUUGCUGGGAACUUUUUUAUCAAACAAUUUGUUGUGCAGAUUAAAGGCAAAGACUGCUGUGAGUGUGAAGCUGAGGAGAUUCGCUUCCAAGACUCUGAGACAGUGGGCCUGUGAGAGGAUACUGUGAUUUGCUUUGGGGCCUUAGUUUGUUACAGAGAACAAACUAAUUGUAUAAAUAUUUUGUGUACAUAAGAUAUGAUAUGUAAUAUAUGGAGAUGAUAUUUUGGCUUGUGAAUAAAUCUUUUUUUUUU